AGAGGCUUUCCUCCACCCAAUCAGCGCUCAGAUCCGGCUGUCACUGCGCCGUCAGGGCCCGCCCUCAGGUGACAGGGGAGAGUGACGUCUCCCUGGUAACGGACGGAAGCGCGGAGGGAAUUGUAGUUCGUAUUGCGGCUGCUGUUGCGCGUUCUCAUUCCCGUCACUUGGGCCGGCCGCAGUGACCGUACCGGGAGAUGCUUAUGUCUCAGAGGGGUGUUGAUGAAGAGACUUCCAAGAAAGAAAUGGAUGAAUGGGAAAACAUAAAUAAGAUUCUAAAGCGCCAUGGCUGUCGUCCAGUACAUGUGUCAGAGGGUGACGGCUUCUCUGGUGCCAUUGUAUUGGACUCACAGGCGUCUCUGGCACUUAGAUCUGCAGUGAAGUUGCUGGUGGAAGACACUGAGAGACGUCAGAAUUUGAUUCAUGGCCUCAUCCAGUCCAAUAACCAACUCAAGCAGGAUGUGCGGUGGCAGCAGGACCGAGCUGGGCGGCAGGAGCAGAGAGUUAAUGAGCUACAGCGCAUUCUGGAGAGCGUCAAAGUAAAACUCAGAGACUUGGAAGAUGAUUUUAUCGCUAAAAUGCGACAACACCAGGCUGAAAUGACCAAUUUACUAAAGGAGAAGGAGGCGGCUCAUGAACAUUGCCAGAAGAACAGGGAGAAGCUGCGAGAGCAGGAGGAGGAUAUUGUGCGGCUGAAGAAGCGGCUUGCCCAGGCAGAGAACACAGAGGAGAAGCGAGUGGACUGCCAGAAGAAGGCUUUCCAGCGUCUCCUCAACCGGGAGCCACGAGAAAUCCUGCUUGACCAGCAGAUUCUGGAUGUAAUUGACGGAUAUGAGAGACAAAUGAGGCUGCUGCAGAAUGAGCUUCGGAAAUAUGAGUCGGUGGAUUACCCAGUGCGGGAGAGAAUAUACUCUGAAGCAUCGUUGGACUUGGACGCUACUACAAACUAUAAAGCUCUAAUCAAGUCUUAUCAGGAUCAAAUUAAAGAAGCAAGAAAAAGGAAUGAGGAUCUGGUGAGAGACAACGCUCAGCUGCGAGAGGAGAUGGAGAGCAGGCCGACUGCCCGAGAGUUCAAACUGUACAAGCAGCAGAUGAGGAAAAUGGAGAAGAUUCUCCUUCAGAACAAUAUCCGGGUCCGUGGGGUAACACGAGAGAGAACGGAAGAGGCUCCUGUGCAACCAGCUAGUACAGAUAUCAGAGGUGUCAAUGGUCUGCCCGCUAGUGAGUGCCAGCAGCACCUACAGGAUGUCUGCAGGGAGCUGAAUGUACAGGAUGUGAAAGAUCUGAUUCCAGUCGCUGCUUCUAGGUGCCGACAAGCAGAGACCUGUUCCAGGCUGCACAAGAUCCUCUCUGAUAUAAGCAAGGUGGUUAGUGGCCCCCGGGCCCCUCAGCUCCUCUAUAAACAUAACACCUGGAUGCGGGAGAAUCGGGGUGCCGACACCAGUGAUGAAUCAGAUUUUAUUCACCUCCUUCCGACUGUAGAACUAUGGGCGGGACAGCUGCUGUCACUACAGGCCCUACACCGAGCAUUGCGGACGCUGAGUCAGAAGCUCCUACCGGACCAGCAGUUGAACAGAACACAAGAGCCGUCCGAUAGUGUCCGAGUGGAGGAACUUCUGCUCCUUGUGGACACAAUGGUGGAAGACGUGGAUAGUAGGAAACAGGAUUCCACCAGUGUUUCACCCCACACGCUGCAGGCACUGGUCGCCCACUUCCAGAAACUGUUCGACGUUCCAUCUGUGAUCGGCGUCUAUCCGCGCAUGAACGAAGUGUACAGCAAGCUCGGCGAGAUGAACAACGCCAUGAAGAACCUGCGCAGCAUCCUCGGCCUAGAUGACCUGGCCAGUGCGGCCACGUUGGUCAGUGCUGUUUGGGGACUGUGCAGAGAGGCAGAGGGGCAAAGCCAGAAGCUGCAGCAAAUCCUCGGCACUCUGGACAUAGACAGUAUAAUCAACAAGAUCGAGGAACACGAGGAGUUCUUCCCAGCAUUUGAUGGGUUAAUCAAGGAGCUGCUCGAUGUCCUAGAAAUCGAUUAUCUAGACGCCAUCCUCCCAGAGGUGAAAAGAUUAAAAAUGCUGGACUCGCAUGGACAUUAAACAUUUAUUUAUCGCUUCAUUUAAUUUUAUUUUUGUAAUAAAUUUGUAUAAAAUA